CAUAACUAUUAUUUUCUUUCCAUUUUGAAGUGUAAUAAUGUAUGUGUUGAAGAUCCAGAUCGUCUCCUGCGCGCUGCAUACUCUACCUAUACCCUCAAAUUUUGAAAGGAAACAUGACAAUUGUCAAAAAGUUAUGGCUGCUGUCUGACGUGUAUAUAAUUUUCUUUUUAUUGAAAAAAAAAUAUUCGUCGCAUUUUUAUUGAUCUUCUCAAGAACAGUAGUAAGGUCUCAUCGAUCGCGCGAGGGUGAAGGCGACCUUGCUUGUAUAGAAAAAAAUAGAGAGGAAGAGGCUCUUUUUGCUCAAAAACUACAAUUUUCGUAUCAUUUUGAUAAAGUGCCACUAUCGUUUAUUCCAUUCUUGCGUUUAAGUCGCAAGGUUUUUUCCGACUCUAAUAACCACGGUCAGCCACGCACGCAGCGUCGAUUGUUGAGUCGUGGCAACUCUUACAUUGAGGGGAUCUGAACCCCAGUAUCAUCUCGUGGAUGUCAUGCAAUCUUCAUUGGUCUAAAGAUUACCUAACUCUUUUACGAAACACAGGUUAACUUAACUAAGGGUCGUGAAGGCAGAGGAAAAUGAGCUCAAAAGACUUGUACAAACCAGCAAACAGAAAUAUAGGAUUUGACAAGAACGUGUGGGUUGAGUUUACUGCUUUAGCAAGAGACUAUAAAGCAGUGAACUUAGGACAGGGAUUCCCAGACAUGCCCCCUCCUCACUUUGUCAAAGAAGCGCUUGGUAGGGUGGCUGCAAGUUCUGACUUUGCUGUUAAUCAGUAUACAAGAAGUCAGGGUCACCCAAGACUAGUUAAUGCCCUUGGAAAGCUUUACACCCAGUUGAUGAAGAGAGCCAUUGAUCCUUUAUCUGAGAUUUUAGUCACAGGAGGAGCCUACGAGUCACUGUAUUGUUCAUUUUUGGGUUUAGUGGAUCCUGGUGAUGAGGUAAUCCUUAUUGAGCCAUAUUUUGACUGCUAUGUACCUCAAAUAUCAGUGGCUGGUGGGAUACCAAAGUUUGUCCCUUUGAGGGCUAAAGAAAACGCUACCUCAACAAAGGACUGGAUUUUAGACAAAGAUGAACUGGAAGCAGCCUUUAGUGAGAAAACCAGAGCCAUUGUUAUUAACACUCCACAUAAUCCUAUUGGCAAGGUAUUCAGUAUGGAGGAGUUGCAGUUAAUUGCUGAUUUAUGUAAGAAAUACAAUGUCAUCUGUAUCAGUGAUGAAGUUUAUGAGUGGCUUGUGUAUGGUGGAGAACAGCACUUAAGGAUUGCUACACUUCCUGGUAUGUGGGAAAGGACAAUAACAGUUGGCAGUGCAGGGAAGACCUUUAGUAUCACUGGCUGGAAGCUUGGCUGGUCAAUUGGUCCUAAGGAAUUAAUUAAAAACUUGCAGACAACUCAAGCACAAAUUACUUAUAACCUGGCAACUCCCACACAGGAAGCCCUUGCCCAAGCCUUUGAACAUGAAAUUCCUCUUAUUGACACAGAAAAGUCAUAUUUCACAGGACUUAGAAGCAUGUUGGAGAGAAAACGGGAUGUGAUGGCUAAACUACUGACUGAAGUUGGUUUUAAGCCAGUCAUUCCUCAAGGAGGUUACUUUAUGAUGGCUGACACAUCAGGCAUUGAUGUGAACUUUGAUGAAUAUGAUAAAAGUGAUGACCCUCCUGACUAUAAAUUUGUACGAUGGUUGACAAAAGAGAAGGGAAUUGCAGCUAUACCUCCAUCAGCUUUCUAUUCCCUUGAACAUAAAUACAUGGGAGCCAAAUACAUUCGAUUCUGCUUUAUAAAGGUUAGUACUUGCUUUCCUUUUAAUGGACUCUCUGUGAGGGUGGUCCUGAGGAGGACUGUUGUUGGUGGUUUCACUGAUGUUUGGAAAAACCUCAGGCAAAGUCACCAUUGGAGCUGCAUGACUUAAAGGUUGUCCAAAUGCCAGUCACUAAGGACUGUUGUUGGUAGCAGUGACUGAAUUUUUUUUUUUGGGAAAAAACUUUGCAAAAUUGAUCAUCAGAGUCAACUUUAAAGUAUUCAAAACAUCAGUCACUAAUUCUGCCAAAAGUUCUUCACAGAUUUAAUCUUACUUUUACAAUCUGUUUUAGACCAUUUGUUGUUGGCAAUGGAACUUCACUUUACACUUAAACUGCCCCAACAUACAAUUAUAACUAACAAUAUUAUCUUCCUAUAAACUCAAAAUAUGGUGUAAAUAUUCACUUCUGAUGUUGCUUCUGAUGUGGUGGAAAAUUGGAUGCAGAUAAACUACUCCUCGCACCCCAAGAAUAAGUCUAUAGUUGAAUUCAAUACUGACUUCUCAAGCUUGCAUUUUACUGACAACUACUGACUUGAAGUAAUCAAACUCACUGUCUGGCAUUUUGCUAGCUGUAAUUAUGAACCAAUUUUAUUUUCAAUAA